UAAAAGUUACCAAAUAAUGUUUCUUUGGUUCCUCCAAAGUUUUUCAACCAAUGUUGUCAGUUUGUUAACAGUUACAUUUCACUUGGAUUAUUAUUAAAUGCUGUUUUGUAAUUUGUAAUCUUCCCGUUUUAAUGGACGAUGUUGUAAAUUAUAUCAUCUUUUGAGCGAACAAAUUUUCGGAAAAGAUUUUCUCUUGUAAUUUAACCGUUUGAUUCCAGGAUUGACUUGCUUUUUCAUCGAAGAAAACAUUUCUUCUUGUUGUGAUUCAUCUAAUUAAUCGGAUAAUUUUUGCUUUAAUGACUCGAUAACCAUGCCGAGUAAUAACAAAGUGAUUACCAGUGAUUUGGAGAAACUAAUUGGUGAAAGAGAUUAUCUUAAACGUGAAGUAAAUCGUCUUGAGAAUGAAGUUUCUAGUCUAAUUAAGACAAAACAUGAAUCGGAUCAAUUGUGUUACCUUCUUCUCAGUGAAAAAGAAAAUCUCAUUUCAGCUUACACUGAUCUUGAAACUCUUUACAAAUCAUCUCAAAGUGAAUUAAUGUCUUUAAAAAAUGUCUUGAUUCACCAGCAAACCUCUCAUCAAAAGAUGAAUAAUGAUGAUUGUGGCCCAUCUCAUCCUGAUUUGAUGAUGGAAAUGUUGCGUUCCAAUUCCGAUUCAUCUUUAGCUGCUCCAACCAAAAUGAAUUUACACUCGGAACAAAAAAACCUGUUAAAUCAGAGUAAAUGUUUGAUGAAUGUGUCAACCCAAACGGACUUGUUAAAUGGAUUAGAAUCACUGUUAAUUCCAUCAACAAUUGAAUUUCCUGGUUGGAAUUAUGAUCAACUUCCACCUCCACCAUCACCAAGUGAACCAACAUUGAAUGACGAAUCAUCUCUAUUAAUUGAUAAAAACGAUCAACAGAAACUUGAAUCUGUAUCAACAAUUUCCCGUGAAGCAUUUCAAGGAAUCAAUCAGAUUCUUUUGGCUCAUGCACUUGGCCAGUUAACCGAUGAAGAGGAUUCACAGGAAGACGAUGAGGAUGAGCUAGAUGAAGAUGAUUACGAAGAUGAUGAAGAUGAUAUCCUCGAGGAGUGUGAUGCCAUUGAAUAUGCGGAUGUUUCCUUAACUCGGAGUUCACCAAACCACAGUCUUGGCCUUUGUCUCUCUUCGGACCAUCCACUAGCCUUAAAUGAAAAUGAACAGAAUCACCAAUAUCAGAAAGCACAGUAUUCGCAGGGGAAUGCCAAUUCUUUAUCAUCUUCAUCCUCAUUCGAUCACAAUCAGGGCAAUGGGCAUAGAGUUGAAGAAGAGAGCCAACAAUCAAAGGUUGCCGAGCAAAAUGAUAACAACGAGUCCAGUAAUAUUAGGCGAAGUGAGGUCUAUAUAAGUCUAUUGGAGCCUGGCGGACUAGCUGAGCGCUCUGGUUUAAUCAAAAUCGGUGACCAAAUUUUAGAAAUCAAUGGGUCUGAAGUUGCCAACCUGGAUGAGGCUAAAUCAAUUCUUUCUCGACGUGAAAUAAGUUCAUUUAGUCUACUCAUUGGUCGACCUAAUAUUAAUCAUGAUCAUUCCAAGUGUUGCGAAAGAUCCUUAGCCAAAAGAUUAGCACUAUUUGAGUCCAGUGAAGGAGGUGAUGUUAAUCAUGUUUCCAUUGUUGAUUGCAGUCAAGAGUUUUAUAUACUGUCAUUGGAUCCAAAUAAGGGUAAACCAGAGAUAGGCAAUAAUUACGCGCUUGCAUCAGUAGUCAAUGAUCAGGGUAAUAAAAGCUCUUCAGGAAUAUCCAAUGGUGUUUAUGAUGGUUAUACGGGUCAAUAUAAAGAUGAAAAAGACAGUGGAAUGGGCAAAACUGAUGCAGAGUCAGCCAAUGAUACUUGCUCAACUGAUCAUGAGUUAACUGGAUCUGAUAAAAUUAGAUCUAAUGAACCAUUAAGGGGACCAAACUUUUCUGGCCAGGGAUCGGCUUCAUAUUCAUCUGAAAAUUCAUUGGAAGGAAAAAGACAAAUGUUAUCACAUGAGAAAUAUCGAGAUAUGUCCAAUAUACAGCAAUAUCAAUCUGAAAAGAUUAACCAACAGCCAAUACCUGAAGCAUCACCUUAUAGUGAAAUUGAUAAUAAUAACAAUGAUGGGAAAACUGGAGCCAAUGGAGCAGUUUACGAUGAACAUUGUCAUUAUGCAUCAACCGAGAUAGUUUCAACACCUACUCAACCACCAAAAAAUGUUUUCAAACCCAAACCAAGUCCACCAGAAGUAAAUUCAAAGCCGGUCUCAAAACUACCAGCAGCUAAACCAGGAGCUGAUUUAUUACCAGAAAUGCAUCCAUCAGAGAAGAAAGAAUCGAUCAAAAGAUGGAUCAAAAGUGGAUUACCCACAACUUUGCCACCACCACCAACAUCGUCAGUAACAAAUAUGUCGAACCGUCCAUCAUCUUUUAAACCAGGAUUAACUGCAAGAUCGCCAAUGGAAAAUAAACAUUUGAUUGAAACAGAUGAGGUUACCAAAAAUACAUCUAGAGAUCAUCUUAUAUCAAAUACACCAAAUCUAAAGACUUUUAGUAAUAGCAAACAAGAAAAAUUGAAUAACAAUCAAAUUGGAAAGGAAGAUAAAGAAGUAACUACAGAAGAGAAAGGAACUCAGAUAGAGUCUGAUGCUGCUAGCCUUAUGAGUUGCGAAUCUUGUCCUACCUGUUGUAAAUCGUUGAAAACAACGGAUGAUAAAGGGUUGCAACACCUUGAAACUUUCCAGCCUUAUCAAAUGCAUCUUGGUAGACCAAUAUUGAUUCCUGGCGUGAUUGAAAAUAAGCGUACACCUAAUUUGCCUAUUCCAGUAAAGAUUCCAGUAGUUCCCAAUUUAUCAUCCAAUAAUACUGCCAGUAAUAAUAACAAGCAUGUUAAUAAGAAUACUCGGGAAGAGAAGGAAAACAUCUACAGUACAAUAGGACCGACGACGACCAUGUAUACCACCAAAGCCAAUCUUGAACACACCAUAAAGCUUCAACAAGAAAUGUUACGUCAAGCGAUGGUCCAGCAACAAAAAAUAAAACCAGUGAAAAGUCAGGCCAGAGGUUUUGAAUCAAAUAGUCACAAUAUCAAUGGAACAAACACUUCUCAUCAGGAAAGUUCACCAGCAAGUUAUUAUCAUCGACCAAACAUGGUGCAUCCUGCUAGUCAUAUUAACACACGACCCACAAUAGUAUCAGUAAAUAGUCCAACUAACCCGUCCAGGUAUUUCCGUCAUCUUGGAAAGAUGGUAAAUUCACCGUCAUUAUCUAAGUUUAAAGAUAAGGUUACUGGUAAUAAUAUAAUUCUCGGUCCAUCCAAUAUUGGGUACAAAAAUGAUACAAAUAGGAAUGGUAAAGAGAUCAAAAUAGAUGACCAACUUAAUUGUAAUCCAAACAAUGUAAAUAUGGAAUGGAAGGUGAAAAAGCGUCCAGAUGGAACCAGAUAUAUAACUCGCAAACCCAUUAGGAAUAAGAUAUUGAAAGAACGAGCACAAAUUAUUAACCAAGAACGGCUAGGAUUAACAACGGAUGACGAUGCAAUGUCCGAAUUAAAAGUGGGCCGUUAUUGGAAUAAAGAUGAAAGAAAAAAGCAUUCUGAAAGAGCAAAAGAUCGAAAGAGGAAAGAAAUGUUAUUGCGACAAAUUAAAAUGUGUGCCGUUAGAGAGCAUUCAGAGGAAAGGGAACCAAGAGUUAGUAAAUUUAUAGAGCAUACCUCGCAUCACGGUGGUGGUGGCGGCGGUGGGGCAGGAAGUAGUGGUGGCAAUCACUCCUCGUCUGGAUCUAGUGGGUCCAAUGCUAAAAACCGAGCAAUUAGAGAAACAAUUAAAGGUUGUGUCAUUAAAGGCAAUGUUUUAACAGAUAAGCCUACUCAUGGUUUAGUAAAGCAGUCAACAAGCAUUGUGACUCAAUCACAUGGUCAUGGGGUUAAGUUAAAUGGACCAAUAAACAGAGCUCCAAGUAAAAAUCAAAUUAAUGAAUUAUUAACGGUUACUACGGUUUGAUGAAACUUUACCAUUGUCAUUAUCAACUUAAAAACAAUAAUUAGGUUGCGAGUUGAUGCACUGCGAAAAUAUCCCAACUCGGUAAUGUAAUGAUUUCAACUUGUAAUGUGGUUACUUUGCCAAUCAAAUGUAAUUUAUCAACAAAAUGUUCACUUAAUUAUAAUCAAUUUAUAUCACCUUUAAAACUUAUUAACAAAUGAUGAUUAUUUAUUAAAAUUGUAUUAUUGUCAUCUCAAGAGGCUUUUUGGUAAAUAAUUGGAUAAAUAAAUAUGUUUAAAUAAAACACUUUGAU